UCUUAAUGUUACUUAGAAAUGCAUUUUCUAAUUAAACGGGUGAUGUCUACCAUCAGCCAUGGAUCACAGUGAAAAAGUUAGCAGGCAGGUUCAUCCUAGGGAACGAGCCAAUUUACUCUCAUUGUUGUUUUUCGGAUAUACAGGUACAAUAUUCACAAAUGGAUUCAAAAAAGAACUGGAAGACGAUGAUAUGUACGAGGUCAUCAACAAAUGUCGCUCUAAACCUGGGGCGGAUAAAUUAGAGCACGCUUAUUUGAGUCAAAGGAAGGUCAAAUCUCCAGAUAAACGAGUAUCGAUUUUAAAAAUAAUAUGGAAUUUAUACGGAUUGAACUAUAUCGCAUUGGGGCUCAUCCACAUGACGGGAAAAUUGGUGGUCAGCAUCUUAGAGCCGGAGGCCAUUUCUCAACUCGUAGGCUACUUCAAGCGGGGGCAGAUCAAAAUGACCCUGCACGAUGCCCUUUACUUCGCUACUCUUUUGAUAGCAGUGAAAGCUUUUCACACGAUCUACUUCCAAAACUACGUGGUACUCCUGAAUGAAUUAGCUCUGAAAAUUAGAGUGUCAUUUUGCUCUGUUAUAUACAGAAAGGCGCUUCGUUUAUCGCCGAUGGCCCUCGCGGGUACAAGUUUAGGUAAUAUCGUUACUGUCAUAACGAAGGAUGUAACGCAAUUUGAACACUCCCUUACCACAUUUAAUGAUAUUUGGAUAACCAUUAUUCAAACAAUAGUGCUCUGUUAUUUGAUUUACCGAAGAAUAGGGUUUGCCUCCAUAGUGGGAGUUUCGAUUUUGCUGGGGCUUAUACCGGUUCAAGCUUACACAUCUAAAAUCAUUCGACGCCUUCGACUAAAAAUGGCGAAACGAACUGACGAGAGAUUGCAAAGAAUGCAAGAAGUUUUAUCAACGAUAAAAACCAUAAAAAUGUACACCUGGGAAAAAAUUCUAACCGACAAAAUCGGCGAAUCUAGAUUCAAAGAAAUGAAAACAAUGCUGAAAACCUCCUACACGAAAACCGCGGUGAUAAUCUCCAGCAACCUGGAGGCGAAAUUCGCCUUCUACGCCAUCAUAAUGAUAUACCUAGCCCUGCACAACGACAUGAGCGCCGAGGACAUCUUCUACGUGAUGAAGAUCUUCAACAACCUGAAGCACAGCAUCGCCAGCGUGUUUUCCCGCGGCUUCAGCCGGCUCGGCGAGCUGUCGGCCUCCCUCAAGCGCAUCAACCACAUCAUGGACCUCGAAGAGCUGCCCGAGUACGUCGAAAAGCCCGACGACGAGCCGCAGAUCGACUUCCGCAACGUCACGUUGAACCUGGGCGACAAGGAGAUCCUGAAGAACAUCAACCUGAAACUCGAUCUCGGAUUGAACGUCAUCACCGGCCAGCUCGGCUGCGGCAAAAGCUCGUUGAUUAAGGUCGUUUUGAGGGACUACCCGUUCGAGGGAGAGGUCAGGACCAGGGGCAGGAAGAGCUACGCUUCGCAGGAUCCUUGGCUGUUUCCUUCUUCUAUUAAACAGAACAUUUUGUUCGGUGAUAAAUACGACCACGAUAAAUACACUACAGUGGUGCAAGCUUGCGCUUUGGAUUACGACUUCGCAGUUCUGGAGAAGGGCGACGAGACCAUCGUAGCCGAUAGAGGGAUGAACUUGAGUAAAGGUCAACAAGCUAGAAUAAAUCUGGCUCGUUGCAUCUACAGAGACAGCGAUAUUUAUUUGAUAGACGACGCCUUGACAGCGCUGGAUCCCAAGGUGCAGGAGCACAUAUUCACCUAUUGCAUUCGAGGUUUGCUGAAGGAUAAGUGCGUGGUGCUCGUCACCCAUAACACCAAGCACAUCCAGCACGCCAAUAAAGUGGUGAUUCUGCGAGACGGCGUCGUGUCGUUUCAAGGGAAAGAGAUGCACUUCUCGGAGGAGCAGUUCGAGGAAAUCGAGCCCGUGCCGUUAAGAAGUAUAUUGGCCGACAACAAUGACAAAGAAGCUGAAGCAUUGAUCAGUGAAAAACAGAAAUUAAUUGUAUCGGAACCGCCGGUACGCAGGAAGCAAGUUUACCAUGAAAACAAGAAAACGGGAAGGGUGGAUUCCCACUUAUAUCUUAAGUACAUCAAAUAUUCCGGAGGGUUUCUUCUGGGACUCUCGAUUCUUGUUACGUACGUCGGGUCGACGUUCUUCGAGAGUUCUUCACAAAGAAUGCUGAGUAAUUGGGUAAACCAAAAAUCAAACAUAGUAAGCUUCAAGGAAAGGACCAUAAGAAACCUAACGCUCGACCUGGAUACGUUCGAUAUCGAAAACAAAACCACCGUCUUCCUGAACGAGACCUUCAACAUAUCGGUCAACAUAAUCCACGACAUCGGCAGGAUGGAGGUCCGAGCCACCAAAACGAUGAACAUCUACACCAUGACCAUCAUCAUUUACGCCGUUUCCGAGUUGAUCAAGAACUUCCUGAUUUUAAAAAUGGGCCUGUCGGCCUCCAUCACCAUCCACAGGAAGAUGGUCACGAAGAUCCUGAACGCCGUCAUGCCUUUCUUCGACACCUACUUCAUCGGUAACAUUUUGAACAGGUUUUCGCAAGAUCUGAGCGUCGUCGACGAACACUUGAUUUUCGUCUUGACGUCCUUUUUGGGGUCAUUCUUUCACCUGGUUGGUGUGAUAGGAUUGAUUGCCACAGUAAACUGGAAAUUUAUAAUACCCGCCAUAGGCUUGGCCAUAUUCUCAGGCAUUUGUCGGACGAUAUACAUCCGAACAGCAAGGAGUUUAAAACGUCUCGAAGCCGCUACUCGCAGUCCGAUAGUAGGACAUUUGAACUCCACCAUGGACGGUUUGACUACGAUCAGAGCUUACAAAGCACAGGAUAUAUUAAAGCAGGAGUUUGAUAAGCAUCAGGAUCUUUAUUCCAGCGCUUUCUUCACUUCGGUGUGCGUUAAGGGAGCUUUCGCAUUCACCAUGGAUCUGGCCUCGUUGUUUUUCUUGAUGUCCGUCAUCGUUAGAUUCUUAUUCUUCGACACUGGAUCCAACACAGGCGAUGUGGGCCUAACCCUAACCCAGGCAGGCAUGCUGAGCUCGAUUAUCCACGGUGCUUUGAUGGUGUGGUCCGAAGUGGAGACGAACAUGACCUCGUUCGAGAGAGUCAUGGAGUACACGGAGGUCGAAAAUGAGAACAAAACCGGCUCGGAAAUCGACGGUUGGCCGAACAAGGGCGAAAUCGUGUUCAAAAACGUGUCUUUGAAAUACACCAAUUCGCAGGAAAAAAUUCUCAAAGAUAUCAGUUUCGCUGUGAAACCGGGAAGUAAAAUAGGUGUAGUCGGUAGAACCGGUGCUGGGAAAUCUUCCAUAAUAUCCACUUUGUAUAGAUUAUACAACUACGAGGGAGAAAUCUAUAUCGAUGGAGUGGAACUGAAAACAGUUGCCUUAACUUUUCUAAGACAACAUAUUUCGAUAAUCCCUCAAGAUCCCAUAAUAUUCUCAGGCACCAUUCGAAGUAACAUCGAUCCCUUCGACAACUUCUCAGACGAAUUGGUUUGGAAAACGCUGCACAAAGUCCACUUGGACGAAUGUAUUCCCAGCCUGAGCACGGAAAUGAACGACCUGAACUUCACCACUGGACAGAGGCAACUCGUCUGCCUAGCUAGGGCUAUCAUAAAGAAGAACAAAGUGAUCGUGCUGGACGAAGCUACGGCCAACAUGGACCUCGACACCGAGCAGAUAGUCCAGAAAAUCAUCGAUGAGAAUUUCUCAGAUUGCACGCUGCUCCUCAUAGCUCACAGGCUCGACUCGAUUUUGGAUUGCCACAAAAUACUGGUGUUGAAUAGGGGUAGCAUCGUCGAAUUCGACACUCCCAAGGCUCUGUUGAACAAACCGGACGGGCAUUUCGCGUCGAUGGUGAAAAAUGUCGGUUUGCAAGAACACGUUGAUAAGAUAAUGUCGUCGAAGUGAAUAUUUUUUUGUAUUUCGAG